UUGUGGACAUGGUUCAUCCUACAGUGGACAAGCUUGCGAUGGUUUGGCAGAAACAAACUACAAGUUCACUUUUGAAGCUAAUGACCAUACUGACAGGAAAAAGGUGUCAUGUGUGUCAUGUAAGCCACCAGGAACAAAGCCAAGCAUUUCUUUGACUCUCUCGUCCGUGCCGACCAAUGCUGAUGGUAGUGUCAGCCUAGAGAACGCAGUAAAUAUAAUGAAUAAUCUCUCCUCCGUGGUGGAUAUGAUGGGAGCCGCCAGCACAGUUGCUGUCAGUCUGGGUGCUAUUAAAGGGAUUCUUGUUAAACUCGCCAACAAAAAUGACACGGGCAUCAAUCUUGGUAUUCAGACAAGUGGUGAUAUAACUAUUCUUGAGAACGACACUGAUUUUUUGUCGCACUUCUCUCGAUCAGUGCACAUCCCAAAAGAAGCAUUCUCCCAGGCAUUAGAAAGAAAUGGUUCAUUUGCUGGAGUUCUGCUUUUUCCAAAAAUGUAUCAGGAUGACCCCAACAGUGUCUUCGUCAACAAUGAAGUAGUGGGAAUUGAAAUGGGAGCUGACAUAUCCAAUCUCUCACGUAAUAUAGAGAUUCAUUACAGGAAUGUGGACAAGAAUGGAAGGAUUGCUUCUUGUAGGUCGUGGAAUGGCAAAGAAAAAACACAGACCUGGAUCACAGAUGGCUGUGAAACAAGGGAGACCAAUGGCAACAUCACAUGUCAUUGCUCUCAUCUAACAUUUUUUGCCAUACUGAUGUCGCCUCCACCUGGAAACAUAAGCACUUCAGAUUUCAAGUCUCUGACCUACAUCACAUCGAUCGGCUGUGGCCUGUCAAUGUUUUUCUUGGCGGUGGCUCUCUUCAUGCAUUGUCUUAUCAGAAAAGGGAAAGCGAGCCAAGCAACUAAGAUCCUGAUGAACCUCUUUGUCGCCAUGUUCAACCUGAACUUGUCCUUCCUGGUGAAUGAGAGCAUUGCCAACCUUGGGAACUACAGCGCAUGUAUGGCGAUGGCAGCAAUUAUGCACUUAGCCAUGCUGGCUACUUUUAGCUGGUUUUUCAUUGAGGCUCUGCACUUGUACUUGAAUCUAUGGAAACGCCCUAUUCAAAUCAAGCAUUACAUGAUGAAGAUUUGCAUCACCGGAUGGGUCAUACCAGCUGUAGUGGUGAUCGCUCUGCUCGCCACGGGGAAAUAUGAUUACUUGAUCAUUUACACCGAUGAUGGGAAUCCAGCAAAAAUGUGCUGGAUUUCUGAUGCCGUUGUUCACCAAGGGGUAAAUAUAGGUUAUUAUGCUGUAGUGUUCAUCUUCACCUUUAUCAUAUUCAUUUUAACUGUGCGGCAGAUUAAUCUGUUUAAGCAGGCAGUAGACAAUGCUCAGAGCAACAGCUCCAUCAGGACAAACACUUUCUCCAUUCUGGGCCUGUUCCUCCUGCUCGGCAUCACCUGGGCCUUUGCUUUCUUCAGCUAUGGACCUAUGCUAAUUGCCUCCUACUACAUCUUCACCCUCCUCAACUCCUUUCAGGGUUUCUUCCUCUUCAUCUACUAUUACAAUUCCAGCAAGAAUGUUGGAGAGGACAAAAAAGAAUCAGCCAGCAGUACCAGCUCAGCUGCACCACACACACUUACAACAUUUACUUCUCAAUAGGGCAUUUUACAUUGUACAUGCUUUUUAAAAAACAGGGACAGAAAUCAUUCUGUGCCUGAGACUGAUUUGACACAAGAGGGCAGCAUUUAAUUUCUUAUAGUUGUAUGUAAGUAGAGUCCCUUUUAAAUGAAGCGCUGGUAAGUUGUUUCUCACUGUUCCUGACUCUCCUCUUCAUGAAAAGCUGCGUUUGACUGAAUGACUAGCCUGAGCUGAAAUUGGAUUACAUUCAUUGAGAAAAAAUACUGAAAUUAGUCUAGUAGUACUGACAGAGGAGAUGGAAUGGUCUCCUGGAAGUCAUUUGUGCUGAUGACUCAAGCCCAGUCUCCCCCACUGUGAAACUUGCAGAGAAGGUUGUGAUUCACUCACGAUAUAUCACAGUCCUCUUAAAUCAAAGCUUUAGUCAUCAUAUGCUGGAAUGCAGAGCCUAAUUGUUUAGGAAGAUAAACAUAAGCCCGUUAUGACUGAUGUGGUUGUCAUAAGGAAUGAAGAUGGCGAAACAGAGAAGAAUAUAAGGUGAAGGGAAGUCUUGUCCCUCACAUACUGUGCGGUGCUGGGGGCCGAGCUAGCCAGCUCGCACUUUGCGUGCCUGCAGAUAAUUACCUUGUGCCUACAGAGAGCAGUAUCCACCAUGCGGGGAGCCUUAACUAGCUGACAAGAAAUGAGCUCAUGACUACAGAUAGUGAUAAGAAGCCUGGGGUUAUGCCACUAUGUUGAAACUGUUCUCUGAAAUAUGACUGUAUAAAACCAGCAUUUAUUGCAUUUAAUAAGUUUGGUGUAUCUUGGGCAAGCGGUAUAAUAGUGUGUUUUUUUGUGUUUUUAUCCAGUGAAGUGUGUA